AUGACCGGCGAGGCGUUCAGCCCAGAGUCCCUAGUCCUCCCGAGCGGGGUCAAGGCCCUGUGCGAGGACCAGGCGUUGCGGUCCCCCUCUCCAGAUGCCACAAGCACGACUACCAGAGCCGCCUCAGCUGGAGGGUCCGACCCCCAGCCAGUACCAGCAGCAGCCGGACCCAGCAGUCCGGAACCGGAGGCCGCCACACCCCCGAGGCCUGAGCCCAUCCCAGAGGAGGAGGCCGUCGGACCAGCUGCGUUGACCGAGGCGCCUGAAGUAGUAGCAGCACCGGACGCUGAGCUGGAGCCUCCUCCAGCUGUACCAGCAGCAGCAGCACCGGGGGAGGCGAAGCCGGGAGCAGCAGCAGCGCCGGAAGUGGCGGCACCGGAGGUGAUGCUAGAGGCCGCGGCGGCACCGGAGGUGGCAGAAGUCACCAGCACCACCACCCUACCCGCACAGGAGGAGGAGCCGGAGGUGGUGCUGGGGAGGCGUCUUCUUCCAAGUCUAGCAGAGGUCCCACUCCCCCGCCUUUUUGCCAAAAGCCUGCAGGUUCACGAGGAACUGGAGGCAAGGAUCCGGCGGGAGGGGGAGAGGCUGGAGGCAGAACGCCACCGGCUCCUCGACUGGGAGCAGCGCCUGGGGGACCGCAUCAAGUCCGUCACCGCCCGCUACGCCGAUGAGCGCGCCAAACUCGUGCUGGAGCGCGAGCUCCUGCAGGAGCAACUGCAGCAAGCUCUCAACCGGGAGGUGUCCGCGGCCCAACGGGAGAGAGCGGCAGUGCGAUGGGAGGCGGAUGCUCUCAGGUGGGAGAUCACGGCGGAGGAGAAGGUGGAGGCAGCGGCGGAGCGGGAGAAGAUCUCCCUAGAAUUGGCCGAGCAGGCCAAGAGGUUGGUGGAGGUGAACGCGGCGCAGGAGGCCACUCUUGCAAAGCUGGCGGCAGCCGCGGCGAAGAGGGAAGAAGAACUCACUGCCCGCGAAGCAGAGGAGGUGUCCUGGCUCAAGGAACUCCAGGCGCGGGAGGCGGCCGUGGAGGAGGAGCUGUUGGCCGGGACCCAGAGGCUCUGGGAGCACGAAGCAGCCCUCCAGAAGAGGGAGGUGAGGGUGGAGAAGUUCCAGGUGGAGCGGAGCACCAGCAUCGGCCGCAUCAUUAGGUGGGCCGCCGGUGAGGUGAACUCCUCCCUGGAGGCUCUCGGAGCAAACCCCAUCUGUGUGGUGGAGGCUCCUUCAUCGCUGGGCGUCGCCCUCCAGGUGCUAGACGCCACCGCCGAGCGACUACAAGGCCUGGAGUCCGGCAUGCUUGACCUCCUGGAGACAGAAGGGAGGGCAGUUGCCCGGGGGACGGCUGAGUACAUCCUUACCAGCUUCCGGAGCCAUGACCCCGCCAUGAAGCUAACUCCCGUUUUGGUUGGUCCCCUCCGGGCGACGGCGGCCACCGCAAAGGAGGGCAUGCAGGAGGCGGUCGACAUGGUGGUGUCGCGCAUCCGACGUCGGCCCGACACCUCCGGACCACCAGGGCAAUAG